AUGACAAGUAAUGAAAAGCUUGGGUAUCACUCUCAAAAUGAAGGCGAUACUGAAUCUGAUCCAAGCGUUUCUAAUACAGAUGAUUUUGUAGUGCGUUAUGAAAGUGCUGGACAUCAUUUGCCAAGAAUCUUAGAGCCAUCAAUUUUUGGCUUUCAACCUACCAGCGAUAUUACAAAAGUAGUAGGCGAUUUCCUAUAUAAUCAUGUUGGCAGAGAAAAUGUAGAGAUAGAAGCCAAACUGGGUAUACUUGUAGAUAAAAAUCUGCAGACACGACUGAAUUUGCCCGUUAUAAGUGAAACUGUUAUUAAUCCUCGCGAUGAUGGAUGGUUCAGUUUCAAGAGUAACAUGACAAUUGGCGAUCCUGUGGAAUACAGACAUAUAUAUGAAACUGAUAAAUUUUACACCGGAACUGGAUCUGGAAAAAUCAGGGUCACUGUAGAUCAAAGGACCAAUAAGGUUAUCGAUGGCGGAAUUGUUAAAAAGACCAAUGUUGCACAUUUGAAUAUUUACUCUCCAUGUACUCACCUUGAUUAUCGUAUAUCUGUAAACGUUGAAAAACCGAUGGAAAUGCCUAAUGGUCAACAUGUCUUUGAACGGAAUAAAAACAGACUAAGCUAUAGCCAUCAAUUAUUCAAAAUUGAUCUGACUCAGGUCAAGGGUCCUGAGAAACAAAGAUUAUCUGAUGGUACCCUACCAUCUCCAGAUUUGACUCAUGAACUUGAAGUAGAAUUUCUAAACCCACGAAUCUUGCUUGAGGAAAAACUUAAAAUUGAAAAACAACAGAGUAAUCGUUAUUUAGACAUAAUUGAAGUUUUUCUAAACAAUAUAAGAGUGCUAGCAAAAAGAUCAUUGCCGCCACAAUAA